CCUCAAGCCUCCGUACCCGGACAAGGGUUCAGGGGUGCACGAAUGCGACGCGAAACGCGACUCCACCCAAGUUUAACAUCCUUCUUUAACCUUAACCAGUCCGUCGGGUCUUGCUGAUUCAAGUCGAGUCCUGGUCCGGAGGGAGAUCCCUGAAACAGCAACAUCAUGCAAGAUCAAGCGGGAUCCCCGCCGCAGGGCCACCCCUACUUCCCACAGGACGCCAUCAUCCCGGGGUAUACGCCCAACAGCACACCGCUGCUGGGUAUUCUCGCAGCCUUUGGCGGCAUCAUUGGCGUGUUUGUGCUCGGAUGUGUCACUCUGGCGACGUGGUGUAGCCCGGCACUGAAGAGGGUAGACCAGUUGACGGUGGCCUGGUUCGCGCUGUGCGGUUUCCUCCACCUCUUUUUCGAGGGGUACUUUGUCCUCAACCACGCCACCAUCCCGUCCUCGCAGUCCCUGUUCGCCCAGCUCUGGAAGGAAUACGCCCUCUCCGACUCGCGCUAUCUCACCUCCGACCCAUUUAUGCUAUGUAUUGAGACAUUGACUGUCCUAACCUGGGCGCCCCUCUCCCUACUCACCGCGCUCCUCACAGCGCGCAACAAACCCCGCGAGCAAGGGGCGCGCCACCUGCUGCAGGCAGUGGUGUGUGUCGGGCACCUGUACGGCGUGGCGCUGUACUACGGCACGUGUGGGUUCGCCGAGCACAUGCGCGGCAUCUCGUACAGCCGGCCCGAGGUGCAGUACUACUGGGUGUACUACGUGGGUAUGAACGCGCCGUGGGCGGUUGUGCCGGGUUUGCUGCUUCGGAGGAGCUGGAGGGCUGUGAAGGCUGCUUUUGUGGAGGUUGCGAGGGGAGGGGAGGGGAGGAAGCGGUCGUGAGGGGUGACGAUG